AUGUUCCCUCGUAGCUCUAUCGCCGAUCUUCCCCUGUCGUCCUCCGAAAUAAUAUACCCGGAUUCUCCGCUUUACGGACCAGAGAGUUGCACUUGGGCUGCCCAGAAAGAUUUGAAGCCUAAGAUCAUUGCUCGGCCCUCUACGACUUCGUCUCUCGCAUCUCUACUUUCUUGCUUAUCGAAUUCUAAUAUAGAUUGGGCGGUUCGAAGUACUGGGGUAGGGUCUUCAUCUGCCAGCGAUGUGCUCAUCUCGCUAUCUGCUUUCGACAAAUUCGAAUAUAACGCAGAAGAACAGACCGUGCUCAUUGGUGCAGGGCAAACAUGGGGAGAAGUUGAUCAAAAAAUUGAGGACAACGUUCCUGGCCAUGCUGUGGUUGGCGCUCGUUGCACAUACGUCGGUGUUGACGGGUCCAUCCUUGCAGGCGGAAUAUCUUGGCUGUCAUCCGAAAGAGGCCUUGGUGCUGAUCCGCACAAUAUGCUGGACGCGAAAGUUGUCUUGACAGACGGCAGGAUUUUGUGGGCAUCCGCUGAGCCAGAAUUGCUUUGGGCACUGAGAGGCGGUGGCGGCAUUUUGGUAGAGGUUAAACUGCGAAUUUACCCCUACCCGGACAAAAUCUACUCAGGCCAAAUAUCCUAUCCGAGGUCGGCAUUCUCCGUCGUCGCAAAAGCCAUUUCAAGAUUCACCACCGAAUGCAAAGAUCCAAAGAUGGCAAUGCAUAUUUUCCCUCUAGACCUUAGCCAAGGUCAUUAUACGGGCGACGCUCCAAAACCAGGUAUUGGUCUUCAAGUCUUUGACGCACAUGGAGAAGCCCAUGGAAGAGGCGCAGAGGGAUUUGGCUGGGCUUUGGAUAUUGAAGGCGCGAUGGAUUCGACCAGCUCCAUGACAAUUCGACAGUGCAACCAGAUCUGGGAUGGUCUCGAAGCGGCCAAAGGAAAGACCACAAAUUUCCAGUCUUGCCUCAUCAUUUCCCAGCUCGAUGAACAACUCAUUUCGAGGGCAUGGGAUUGGAUUGAGAAUUUGACCCUGAAGAACCCAUCUCUUUCUCUCGGUGGGACUUAUGUCUUGAUUGAGUUCAUGUAG